AUGCAUUUCUCUCUUUUUACUACAGUUGCUUUUGUUACUUUUCUUGUGUUGGGAAUCCAAGCUGCUGCUAUUACCAAGUCAGUUGGCCAAGUGUCUAAAGGCAAACAAGCGAAACCUACGUCUGAAGUCGAGCAUAAGAAAAAGCAGCCCAAAGGCUCCUCUACACAACACACCAACAGCAGCGACUCUUCUUCUGUCUUUGUCUCUAGACCCUCUUUUACCCCAAAAAAGCCCGCCUCCUUUCGAACAUGUACAGCUGCUGUCAAUGAAUUGCAAACUCAAUUUGAUCGUCUGGAUGAAGCCAGCUUUCAUAUCAAUUUGAACAGUACUCCCUUUUUCAAUGCAAUCAGUGCUGUAGAAGGUGUUGUUCGUUCUGCCAGGCGUGUCUGUUGUGUACCUGAUGAUCGUCGCCGAGGAAACAAAGAUGAAAAUGAAGAUAAAGUCGAGACUAUGGAGCGUACUACAGAACAAAUUGAAAAGAGUCUUUCUUAUGCUCCUCUUGCUCCAUCUGAAUAUGAUAAUGCCUUCUUCUUAGUACCGAGACUAAGGUCUUCUUUACAUGAACUUAAAGACUGCAUUAACUAA